GUACGGCAUUAACGUCGUCGUCGUUGUUGUUGUAAAUUACGGUCCAAAGUCCGCGUUGUUAAUUAUUAUUUACACAGUUUUACGUAAGCCACAAAUUUUACGUCGUCGGGUAGGUAUAAACGUUGGUUGUUUGGUUUAGUGGCGGCCCACUACCUGUAAACAGCUGCUGCCCCGACGGUGGUGAUAACGGGGCGACCGGAGUGAGAGAGAGAAACGUCGCGGGCCAGAGCGAGACCGUUCCUCCUUCUCCGCAGCUCCUUUGUCACACAAAGAGGAAGGAAGAGAAGUCAACAAAUAAUCAACAAUCAACAUGGCCGCCGCGAUUCACUGUCGCCGUGCUGGAUCGACUGGACAAUGACGAUUUUUAUCACGUUCGCGUGCUGCUGCUGCUGACUGAGAGAGACACGGAUCCUCCAUUGCGUACGCUCGUCCGGCGCGUCGCUUGCUAGGGUGCAGCAAUAGAUGAUCAUCUAGCGAUGGAACUCAGGGUAGGCAAUAAAUACCGGCUCGGGCGAAAGAUCGGUAGCGGAUCGUUCGGCGAUAUCUACUUGGGUACAAAUAUUUCUACUGGAGAAGAAGUAGCCAUAAAAUUAGAAUGUAUCAAAACGAGGCAUCCCCAACUUCAUAUAGAAUCGAAAAUUUACAAAAUGCUAUCCAAAGCACCCGGAAUACCAGUCAUAAAGUGGUGCGGAUCGGAAGGCGACUACAACGUCAUGGUAAUGGAGCUGCUGGGGCCGUCGCUAGAAGACUUAUUCAAUUUUUGCUCUAGGAGGUUUUCAAUUAAAACCGUGCUGCUGUUGGCCGAUCAAUUGUUGGACAGAAUAGAGUACAUCCAUAGCAAAAACUUCAUCCACAGGGACAUCAAGCCGGAUAACUUUUUAAUGGGCUUGGGCAAACGGGGUAAUCUGGUGUACAUUAUCGAUUUCGGCUUGGCCAAGAAGUAUUGCGACAGCAGGACCAACGAACACAUAAUGUAUCGCGAAAACAAAAAUCUCACCGGCACCGCCCGUUACGCUUCCAUAAAUACGCACUUAGGCAUAGAGCAAAGUCGACGGGACGAUCUCGAAUCUCUUGGUUACGUACUGAUGUACUUCAAUCGCGGCUCGUUGCCGUGGCAAGGUUUAAAAGCUGCGACAAAGCGUCAAAAAUACGAGCGCAUUAGCGAAAAGAAAAUCGUCACAUCGUUCGAAGACUUGUGCAAAGGCUAUCCGAACGAGUUUUUAACGUACUUGUUAUACUGCCGCGCAUUGAGGUUUACCGAAAAACCUGAUUUUUCCUAUCUAAGACAAUUAUUCAGGCAAUUGUUCCAUCGUCAAGGCUUUACGUACGACUACAUUUUCGACUGGAACAUGCUUAAAUUUGGUGCCAACGGCGCUAGAUAUAGUGGAUCCGACGAUCAAAAAAACGCUUCGCACCAAGACAGACGGGCCAUGCAAGACGGCGGCUCUCCCGCGACUAACGUCGUACCGUUAGGCAGCCGCGCUCAAGCCGAUCAAAGCGGCAUCAAGAAUUUUUUAUCUAAAGUUCCGCUCGUACCUAUGGAUAACUGUGCAGGCGGUGGCGUCAUACAACCGUUACAGUCGAGAUUACGUUACAGCGCGGACCCCGGGUCCGCUCGACCGGUCAGAACUCAAACCAGAAGUUCAGCCAUGGCGACGCCGGAUUCGCCGUCCACUACGCAACCACUGCAAACCAAGUCAGUAUCUGUGACCAGACGCAAUCGCCAUCCAACCUAAAUAUUAACAAAUUCCCAUGUCGUAUAUUAUUCAACAUGUAACCCAAGCUAACAUUUUGCAAUUACUCGGUUUCUCAAUGAAAAAACUGUGUAGUAUUCAGUUUAUUAUUAUUAUUAUUAUUUUUUUUUUUUAUUAUUAUUAUUUAUUUUAUAUCGUUCGUAAAACAAAUUAAAAUAUUACAUUUCGAAUGACACACUUAAUAAUUCUCUCUCGCGCUCAGCACGCGUAAAUCGCACACCACCGAUAACACAACAAGUAUAUAUAGGAGCUCUCUAUUUUACCGUCUUAAAAAUUCAUUCAAAGUAAAAAAAAAACCAAAGAAAACGGGUCUUAUUAUUUUGAAUUUUCAAAUUAAAAACAAUAACUCUCGCGUCCCGACGGUAAUAACAAUUCGAGUGAUACGUUAAGACAAAGAUAAUCACACACACACCUAAGUGACUGCCGAUGUGUAGAUUUGUGGAAUUACUUUUUUGGAAACUAUCUUGAUAAGAGACCAAUUAAUAUAAUAUUGUUAAGAAAUAUUCCUCUUUAACCACGGGUCAUGGCUAACACAUACAUUUACAAACACAUCAAUUUUAUACACAUUUUCAUGUAAAAUUGUAUCGUAACUUAAUUUAAUUAAACACGUUAGUUAGUACUCUGUGGAGUAAAAAUCCUUUGAAAGGGAGGGCGUGUGCUGGACAUUUAUAUUUUGCUGUUCUUUAAUCUUUUUUUUUUUUUCAAUAUAUUCAUCACAACUGCAUUACACUGUUAUUAUUAUUCAUACGUAGCGAUAUAAUAUUAAAUAUUUUUUUUUUUUGUAAACACUUUAGAAAAUAUGUAAGAACUUUUUAUUUUUAUUUGU